GCGCCCUCGUCUCCCCAACGUGGGGAGCAAGGCCUCAGGCCUCAGGCCUCACCAUGGACGUCUUCGGGGACCUGCGGAGGAUGAACAAGCGGCAGCUAUAUUACCAAGUUUUAAACUUUGCCAUGAUCGUGUCUUCUGCGCUCAUGAUAUGGAAAGGUUUGAUAGUCCUCACUGGAAGUGAAAGCCCAAUUGUUGUGGUACUGAGCGGGAGUAUGGAACCAGCAUUUCACAGAGGAGAUCUUCUGUUUUUAACAAAUUUCCGGGAAGACCCCAUCAGAGCUGGUGAAAUAGUUGUUUUCAAAGUUGAAGGCAGAGAUAUUCCAAUCGUUCAUAGAGUCAUCAAAGUUCACGAAAAGGACAAUGGAAACAUCAAAUUCUUAACUAAAGGAGAUAAUAAUGAAGUCGAUGAUAGAGGCUUGUACAAGGAAGGUCAGAACUGGCUAGAAAAGAAGGAUGUUGUUGGAAGAGCAAGGGGAUUCUUACCGUACGUUGGGAUGGUGACCAUAAUAAUGAACGAUUAUCCAAAAUUUAAGUAUGCUCUUCUGGCUGUAAUGGGUGCAUACGUGUUACUGAAACGUGAAUCCUAAGAUGAGAAGCCUGGUUCCAGAUCAAAAUGAAUGCUACUGAAAAAUUUAAUAUAUUGGAAACGUUCCACUUUCUAAAGAAAUGAUAAUGUGCAAAUGGUUUGCUUUGUCCAAAUAAAUGGGUAAAGAGAAAACA